GUUAUGGACUCUUCGUCCUCAGACACCGAGUCGUCCCAUCUUGUGUAAGCUGUCACAUUGCAAAGCCUAGAUACCCUAGCUCGAACUAGUCUCACCAAGCUCCUCACAUACUGAUCCAUACUUAAUAUACCUCUCUCCCGCCUCGUCUGCCAAUAAUACGCCAGAAUAUUAUCUAUAGCCAGCAGAGAAAUCCUCUCGUUGCUGAGAAGCUCAUCUUCCAGAGUGUGAAGUGACAGCUGCAGCUGAUCGUUGUUGCAACAACUGAUUACUGUCAGGUUCUCCAGCGACUUACUCACAACCAGAUCCACCGUCUCGACCGGGAGCUGCGUCCCAGCGAUCUGACACGCGGUUUGUGUCAUGACAGUCAUCAAUUCCACCAGUUUGCUCAUCUGGACCUGACCGAACGUGUCGAUCAGGAUUGCGCAGGAGUCGCAACCGUCGAUCUUGAUCCCUUUAUACCUCGUUGGCAAAAUGCACUUGGCUAUAAAUUGACACAGCAGCAAGGUCUUCCCCGUGGACGAGGCUCCGGCGAUCUCGACGACGCUCUGGUUGCCGAUGUCGCCCGGGAAUAGAGUCCCGUCGAGGUUAACCGAGCGACGUUUCUCCCGAAACCUCGACAACAGCUCGAAUCCACCCUCGGAAUGGAACUGCAUUUUAUUGUCGAUGAUUUUAAUGCAUUUUCUCCUGUCAGUGUCGAUUUUUAUUAAUUCACGCUCGAUGUUGUAUCUUCUCAGAGAAUGAAAACAAAAACCCGCGCGUUUCCCGCGACAGCCAUUUUGGUUAGUAAAUAGCGAUAAAUCGAUUUAUCGCACAUCUCAAUUUUCUCGAAAUACAUAUCCUAUUUUUACGUAAAAUUGCAUGUAUCAAAUAUUUAAAUAUUUGUUUUAUUUUAGUAGAUCUUUUUCGUGUCAAAAAAUAAUUUCGAGCGUCAAAAUAUUUCGGAUUCGAUUUACGCGUUUAAAUUUCGCGGCGAUUGAAUACGCUUCGAUAUAUCUCGAACAUCGAUAUACCGCUUUUCGAUAGGCCUCAAACUCGCAAACUUCAAAUCGUUCGUUGUCGGAAUCGCUAGAGUCGCAUUCGCGUCUCUCUCCUCUUUUCGUAUCGAAAAUAUGAAUUCUAAAACGUGAUUCAACCCUGAAGAAAGGUUCUUUUCGUUCUUCCGGAUGUCUGUAAAUCGGGAAAAUGUCGACAGCUUAAUCGAUCUGAAGAACAUCGACUAGGAGGCGAGAAAAAUACUGUUGCGUUCCGCGACUCUUCGUCUUCGUACAAUUACAAUGAUAACUUCCUGGUACGACGACAUCCUUUCGUCCCAGCGACUUCGCAAAGUCAAGUUUUGCCGGACUAAGAAGCAUAUAAGCUGUCGGAAGACAGACCGAGCAGGCCAGAGAUCGUCGAGCAACGUCGGAAUCGACUUGCCCCUCUAUGAGGGCAGCCUCUACUCGGCUCGCAGCUAUACCUACCUACGUACAUCGAGCUCUCCCAGUUUAGGCCGGUUCAGGCGAAGUGCGGAGCCUGGUGCGGGGUCGCGUUGCGUUUCACCUCGCUAUCAUCUCUCGUAUCAGUCCGCACGAGUUGCCCGGCGUGUGAAGGUUGACGAGAGAGAGAAAGAAAGAGAGAGGGACCGACCUGGUAACCCUGCCUUCAGCACCUUCAACCUGUCUACCUGUCGACCAAAGAGCAAAGCAGCCGACAACCGUCGCCGCGAUGAGUGUGCGCGGCAAGCAAGUGCAAAAUGGUACCUACGAGUUCGAUUACAUGCGAGUACCUGAUACCAGAACGCGCUGGAAAGUUUUUCGCGACGGAAUCUACAAUCCUGAGGAAGGGACCUACUGCGGUCACCCGCCGAAGAAAUGGGGCAUGACCCUUAUCUUCUACGCUUGCUUCUACGCCGGACUGGCGCUACUCUUCAGCAUUUGCAUGAAAGGCAUGCUCGCCACGUUGAGCGACGAGAAACCUAAAUGGAUCCUAAGCAGCAGCCUUAUCGGCACCAACCCAGGCUUGGGCUUCCGACCGAUUUCGGAUAACGCGGAUGAGAGAUCGCUUAUUUGGUACAACGCGUCGAAUGAGACCGAGGUUCUGAAGUGGACACAACUCCUAGACAAAUUUUUGGAACAAUACAGAAACACGUCGUAUCUGCCAAACCACGGUAGAAACCAACAGAUCUGUAACUACACUAUGCCACCGAAGACUGGAAACGUAUGUGCGGUUGACAUCAAUAAUUGGGGACCGUGUUCGCCGAAUCAGCAAUACGGUUUCAACAACGCGGCACCUUGCGUCUUCAUCAAGCUUAACAGGAUAUACGGAUGGAUUCCCGAAUACUAUAACGACACGAAAGAUUUACCGGCCGCAAUGCCAGAUGAGCUAGUCCAGUAUAUAAAGUCAGUCGACGCUUCAUGGUUAAAUACUGUAUGGGUAUCCUGCAAAGGAGACAAUCCUCAUGACUCGGAGAGUAUCGGCGAAUUGAAGUAUUAUCCUCAGGGACAUGGCUUCCCAGGCUUCUACUAUCCAUACGAGAACACACCUGGAUACUUAAGCCCAGUCGUCGCCGUUCAGUUUCUUCGACCGAAAAGGAACCAAAUCAUCAAUGUCGAGUGUCGGGCGUGGGCAAAGAACAUCAAGUAUAGCUCAUUUAGAACCGAAAAGAAGGGUGCGGUACACUUUGAACUGAUGGUCGAUGAAUGAUCGCACGUCGCGAUCUUCUAGAUCUUUAUUUUUUUUCUUUUUUUUGCGCGCCGUUAUUUCAUGCAACGUUUUACUGCGCGAUUAGGAAAUUUUUCGAGACGCACAAAACAAAAGGAUCCGAACGCACGUCGAAGAAUAUCGCGAUAUAUCGGAUAGCUUGCGCUUAGAAAAAAAUAGUAAAUCAAUAAAAGUUCUUUACGUAGCGCAGAAGAAAAAAAUAAAGAGUGCAAAACGUGCAGCUACAGAGAACAUACUUAAUUAUUUGUUAUUUUUUUAGAUAUCGUAAGUAUAAUUAUAAUUAAUUGGAAUUUUAAUUUAAUUUUUUGCCUUAUUCUUAAUAGGAUCAUCAAUUGUUCUGACAAAAGAGAAAAAUUGUCUCUUAUUGUAAUUUACAGAUUUAUGUACAUAAAGAGUGAUAAUAGGAGAUAUAUAGAAUAUAUGUUCGAGAUAUAUAGAAUAUGGUCUUUUGUUCAACAGAAGUGUUUAGAGUGUUUACGAGAAAGUUUUCAAUUUAAAAAAUUAGGAAACAGGUUUCAUAAUUGAAAUACGUAAUUCAAAAGUAAUCAUUGUUUUUAAAUAUAAAAAUUGAAAGAUUUUUCAAUAUUUAAAAUUAUUUCUAUUUUAUAUUAGUAAUGUGAAAGUUGCUAGAGCUUUAAGAAAUAAUUCAAGAUCAAGAUAUUAAAAGAAUGAAUUUGAAAUGAUUUUCAAAACUUUGAUGAUUUCAUCCCAUAUUUAAAUAUUUCUAUAUAUUUUUUUUUAAUUGAAAGAAGUAUUGUAAGAGAGUAUAUAUCCGAAUCUGUAAAAAUGUAAUAGCUCACGGAAAGAAGUAAAUCGAUAUAAUAUAAUAACAUUUUUAUUUUUAUAUUUAUUUUGUAUAAGAAAUAGCUACAUUUCAGGAGAAUCUGCAUUAAUAAAAUUGAAACUUUAAUAAUGGAUUAAAAUUAGAUAAAAUCAAAGAGAUUAUUUUGAGUUAAGGAAUUCAGUAAAUAAAAAAUAUAAUGUGAUCUAAAGAUGAUAUAUUUAAAUAUAUUUAAAAUUACAAUCGUAAAAAUAUGAAUAUAUCGUAAAAAGUUUUCACUGAUCUAAGCAUUUUACGUGAAAUAAUUUGAUGAUCAAAUAAAAACAAAAUUGAAAACUUUCUGAAGACCAUUUAAAAAAUAUGAAUAAAUAUAACUAAUUAGUCUAUUAAAAUAUUGCGUUUUAAAGAUAAACGCAAUUAACUAUACAUUAUUAUUUUAGAAAUAUUCUGUACAUCUCUUAUUCCCAUAUUGUCUUGAAUUAUAUAACAUAUAUAUCUCCAGCCUAGUUGAACAAAGUAAGUAUAUGUACGUUCGAAUCGUCAAUGUAUAUUGAAUGAAUAAUUCAAUAAUUUAAACAAAAUAUUGUGGUACUUAUUAAGAUAUAGGUGUAAUUGUACAGAAUGAAAUAAUAUAUCGCGCUCUACAUAGUAAUUAUUUUUUUUAAAUAAAUGACAAUCAUGAAAAAUAAUCCAACAUACAAGUACAAACUGUGUCUUUGCUGAACAUCGCAUUCUUAUCAUAUUCUUAAUUUAUUCGUUGCGAUUAUGUA